AUUCAGAAUAAGAAGUUUUAACCAUAAAAUCAUAAUGAUGAUUAAAUCUAUUGUUUUAGUAUCACUUGUGUGUUUCGUGACAUGCGAUGAGUUUUCAGACUUUGACAAGUUUGACCAGGCAUCAAUUCUGGCAGAACAGGCUAAACUCAUCAAUGUGACCAUUGCUAAGCUUCAAGCAUUGAGUCAGGAGACAUUUGGUUCGGUGAAGAUCCUAAAGAUGAUUCACGACAACAUCGCUGAAAUGGACACUAACAUGAUGAACUAUGCGACCAAACUGAGAGAUGAGGGGGUGCCUGUUGUACCCGAUAUCCUCGAAGAUAUCCAUUACUCCGUCUAUGACUACGGUUUCCACAAAGCGUUGGCUGCGAUCGCGUUAAUUAGCAACAAAACGGAUCAGCCCUUAGCCACCGGUAAAUUUGCGGCCACUUCUGUAGUGAUCAACUGGAGGUGCAAUUUGGACACUAAGAGACGCGCCGUUCAGCCCACCGUUUGCAAGGAUGAGGCCGGAGGGUGGGCCGACUGGAAGACUCAGACCGACCAGGUUCAGGCUACUCUCAUCAAACUGAUUCCCACAUUGCAUGAAUUAGGAAGUGAAUACUGGGCCACUCGGCACCAGGAGAUGUUGGACUUCAUUCAAAACAAUUUGCCUGAUGUUAACUCUAAGGUUCAGGGAGUGUCCGACUCAGAUACCAGAGCUAAAAUCUUGUGCAUACUUGUUGAACAAUUGAACUUGCUCAAUAAUGUCGCUUCCAGCAGACCCCCGGCAGAACAGGCCAAACUCAUCAAUGUGACCAUUGCUAAGCUCCAGGCGCUGAGCAAAAAGACAUUUGGUUCCCUUGACAUCCUCAAUAUAAUUCGCACAAAUAUAAAGCAAAUGGACACUAAUAUGAUGAACUGGUGUAAGAAACUGAGGGAUGAGGAGGACCUGCCAGUGGUGUACGAUAUCUGCAAGAAAAUACAUUACGCCGUCUAUGACUACGGUUUCACCAAAGCGUUGGCUGAGAUCCCGUUCAUUAGCAACAAAACGGAUCAGCCCUUAGCCACCGGUAAAUUUGCCGUUACCUCUGAGGUGAUCAACUGGAGGUGCAAUUUGGACACUAAGAGACGCGCCGUUCAGCCAACCGUUUGCAAGGAUGAGGCCGGAGGGUGGGCCGACUGGAAGACUCAGACCGACCAGGUUCAGGCCACUCUCGUCGACCUGAUCCCCAAAUUGCAUGCAUUGGGAAGUGAAUACUGGGCCACUCAGCACCAGAGGAUGUUGGACUUCAUUAAAAACAAUUUGCCUGAAAUUGACUCUGCGGUCAACUCUGUGUCCGACUCGGCCACCCGG